AGGGACAUCGAACUUUAUAAAAGAGCAAUCUUGUAUUUCCCGACCCUCCGUGUCUCGGCAUCGCGUUACCCACAGUUGCGCCUCCACGCCGUAGUUUUCCGAUCGCCAUCUGGGCGUAGCUGACACGGGUGCGCAAAGAUGGUGGGCAAAGUCAGCGAUCGCGUCCUCCUCCGGGAAGGGCUGGAACGCACCGACAAUGGCAUGAGGCAGACCAGUUGGCCCGAAGUGGCCCCAAUCAAUCAGAAGAACUACUAUACAGACUACAUGAAGCGCGAUGAUCAGAUCCUCUCCUACCGACUGCAGAGCGAGGCGAACAGAGACCGGUUAGUUCAAAAUUCCAAGGACCGCGACCGCGCCAUGAACGCCGCGAAUGCCAAUGGCGAAGUUCCUCUGCCACUCGACGAGGCGGAGGAGGGGCCAGCGCCUUCAACGGGCACCCUAGACCCCUCCAAAAUCAUCGUAAUACACCCGGGGAGUCAGAACUUACGCAUCGGGUUUGCCAGCGAUGCCCUCCCGAAGACGAUCCCCAUGACGCUCGCCACCAAGUACCCCCAGACCGAGUCCGAGAUGUACGAGGCGCUACCGCGCCGGCACUUUGAAGGGAGGACAAUGGAGCAACAGCAUGGCGAGGAGUGGGCUAAGAAGUAUCAAAAGAUGUGCAAUGACCUGAAGGUCGACAUGCGCGCCAACAAGCGCAAGGUACUCCCGAACUCGAAGGAUCUGGUAAUCAACUUCAACCGGAGGACGGAGCCCGAGGUUAUUUCACAGCACAACGACCCUUUGCAGAUCGAGUGGACCGACGUCAACGCCCCUCGUGAGAACGAGCCGACCUCGGCGGUCUUCAUCGGGCAGCAGGCCCUUCGUGUCCCGGACGACUCCAACCCCAAGUACAAGCUGUGGUGGCCUAUACAGCAUGGCCGGCUGAACGAGGAUGACUACCCGACGAGGGCGCACUUGUUUAACGAUCUCGAGACUCUUUUGGAUCGGGCAUUCCGGUGGGAGCUGGGCCUCAAGAAGAAGGCGGACUGGAAGCAGUAUAGCUGCGUCAUCAUUAUCCCGGACCUGUACGACAAACGCUACGUCGAGCUGCUCUUGCACCUCUGCAUCGAACUGUUCGAAUUUAACCGCGUCUCGUUCAUCCAGGAGAGCAUGGCGGCUACGUUCGGUGCCGGGUACACGCAGGCCUGCGUGGUGGAUGUGGGUGCGCAAAAGACGUCCAUCUCUUGCGUGGAAGACGGGCUCUGCAUCGAGGAUUCGAGAAUCAACCUCAAGUACGGCGGAUACGACGUCACCGAGACGUUCAUCAAGAUGAUGCUCUAUGAUAACUUCCCCUACCAGGAGAUCAACCUCCGUCGGCGGUACGAUUUCCUGCUGGCCGAGGAGCUCAAGAUCAAAUACUGCACGCUCUCGCAAGCCAACAUCUCGGUCCAGAACUUUGACUUUCACCUGCGCGCCCCUAACCAGCCGACGCGCAAGUACCAAUUCAAGUUCUACGAUGAGGUCAUCCUGUCUCCGAUGGGCUUCUAUGACCCUUCAAUAUUUGAUAAUUCGGCCAAGCUCAACGGCCGGCGGAAGCUGAUUGACCGCUCGUACAACGCCUACGACGUAGAUAUCCCCGACGACCCGGCCUCUGCCGCCCAACUUGCCAUUCUCGCCCUGAUCAGACCCUCCGUCACGGAAACAACCACGACUAGCUUUUCCGGAGCCCCAGGGGAUGUAGCCACCCCCAGUAAAGAACGCAGCCAGCCGUUCAGCUUCCUCUCCCGCAACGGCGACGUCACCGGGACACCGGGCACUUCCAAAGCCCCCUCGCCGGCGCCCGACGGCGCCAGCACCCCGGUUCCAGCCCCUUACAUCUUUGGGUCCUCGCGCGACCUCAACGGCAGCGGCAGCCCGGCCCCGAGCGCGCGCAACGGCGGGGGGGCCACCCCGGCGCCGGCCAACGGCACCUCCCAGCUCCCAAGUACAUCAUUCGACGGUCCGACUUCCCAACAACCCCAAGUCCAGGAACGAAGCGCCAUAUCCCUCGCCAUCGAGCGUGACUCGGUCCUCCCAAUCGCCCCGCUCGACAUCGCCAUCAUGACGUCCAUCCAGAACGCUGCCAAGGGUGACGAUAAGAAGGUCAAGGAGCUGCUGGGUAGCAUCAUGGUGGUUGGCGGCGGCGCCAAGAUCCCACACUUUGCCCCCUUCCUCGAGGAGAAGCUCAAGCUGCGGCGGCCGGACCUCGCGGACCGGAUCCUCGUCAGCCGCUCCGCGAGGGAGAUGGAUGAGCAGGUCGUCGUGUGGAAGGGUGCGAGCGUGUUCGCCAAGCUGCCGACGAACGACUCGUGGAUCACGGGUUUCGAGUACAAGAUGCUCGGGUCGAGGGUUUUGUAUCACCGGGUGCUCUGGCAAUAUUAAGUUCUCGAGUUCUCUCGAGGGAGGCUGCGUAAGCGAGGGGUGGCUGGGAGUUCGUGGCGUCAUGUUUGCGGAGGCUUUAGCACGUGUGGGUGGGCAAUAUAUGGCUGGUUUUGUAGACAGGCGUGCAACAAACAACCAUGAAAUCUCCAAGGGUCUGUCAGUCAUUGUGCUCAGCGAGGUG